AUGAACUAUGUGCUCCUGUUCGUGAUGUGGGCCCUAGUAGCCGCAAUCCCCUGCCAAGACCGCGGGCUCCAGGCCCACUUUUAUUAUGUUGGGACGAGGCAGUUUACUCUGAGCUCUCACGGCGGUCUCGCUCGUCGAACCAUGUCGGGAUUGGGUCAGCCUCCUCGUCCAGAUAUUGCGGAUUGCAUGGAAGACUUGCAGCUUGGUCCAUCUGGUUUAUUUGAGGUAGAACAAACUAUGUCACAAGCAGUGCAAGUUGAAGCAGAAAAUUUCAUAGAAGGUAGGCUUUUCGAAAAAGUAGACACCAUGAUUGACGAGCUCAAUGACUUCGCUGAGAGCACAAGAUCCUUACUUCGUAGCGUAAUGGACAUUACAUCCUUUCUCUCCCAUACAGUUGAUCACUGCUUCCAUCUUUUAUUGGCGUGUGACUGGUCAGCACGCACACUCCACAGGUUCCAGAUUUUGCUCAAAGGAGAGAGUGAGAAGUUAGGAAUUCGAUUUGAACUUGAAGAAAAUAAGUUUCGAGACACCCAAAUUCAAAUCCAAGAAGUGAUAGCUGCGAGUGAUAUCAUUCCCGAUAGAGAUGAGAAGGAUCUACCAUGUGUAGCAGAUACAUCAUAUGUAGCAGAGCCCAUACGUUUUGAUAUGGGCAGUCGUGGGAAGUUCUAUUAUAAGCCUUCUAGAGUUCGGGAUGUGGCACAUGCACUACUGGAUCGAAUUUUAGAAAUUGAAGAUGAGCACGAGGCACUGAAGGCGGAGAAAGGUGUAGAGGUGGAUUUUUCAAUUUUGAAAGCCCAUCUAGAACGGCAAAUUAAGUGCCUAGAGCAGCUGCCUGUUGAGGAACUACUUUCAGAAGUUGUAGAUACCAUACGCACAGUUCGUGCUAUCAUCCCGUUUAUGGAAGAGUUGCCGUUAAUCAGGAUGUUCAUCACAGGAGUUUGUAAUGAAAUGGUAUCUAUAAGGAGAUCGUUUUGGCGGGAAUACAAAGGCGUGUAUGCACAUCUUCCAAUCCCUGAACGGCAUUCUAUAUUGACGAAAACCAUUGGAGACUUGCAGCAUUGGGUCAUAUAUUUUCGACGUAGAAUGGGGGCUGAUAGUACCAUCUCUAUUUAUAAAUCGUUUGCUCGGAAGCUAAGGCAUCCGAAGAAGAAUCCGAGGAAGAAUCCAAGGGAAGCUGGGAAGGAAAUGCAAGAGAAGAAGUAUGAUGCAAGGGAAGUUCGGGUGCAAAUGCAAAGGGCAGAAUAGAAGGCAAGGUCAAGGCUAGCUCAGAGGCAAAAGGAGAUGCCAUCGAAGGGAAGUUCUAGAGUCUAGAAUUUGUAGAUGCUGUGAAAGCUAGGGAUCAAUUUUAGUUGGUUGUUUAUUUAAUUUGGAGUGUGUGGAUAUGUGGUUGUUGUGGUGGUGAUUGAAAAUGAAAAACUGGAUAGUACUUGGUGUGGAAAUUGGAUAUGCAGAUGACUACAUGGUAUUGCCAAAACUAGGCAAAAGGUCAAAUUGAUGUUAAUUGAUGUUCUAUUAUUAUAUUUAUGUGCAGAUGGCUACAAGGUGCUGUAGAAACUAGGCAAAUGUCAUAUUAAUGCCAAUUGCUAUUGACCUGUCUCUAAGUGUUGACCAAUGUUUGUUGCUAAGAACAAAGGAAGGAACUGAGAGUUUAGAAAAUGAGUCAUUUGCAGUCAGGCUGAUUCUGGUGUUCAUAUUAUUCUAGAAAACGAAGGAUGUUGUUGCGGCAACCUUUUAUUGCUAAUUUUGUUGGAAAAGAUUUUCAUUAGACUCUAGAAAAAACUUUGGAAACAAAAAGAAAGAAAAAGCAAGCAAACCACAAAUGCACACAAAGAAGAUGAAAAAGGGGGAAAACAGGAAAGAGCAGUUGUAGGAAAAUAAUAUAAGUAGCGAAAGAGAGGUUUAAAAUUAUGAUCGUAGUGUGUAUAUGCUCCCUAUGAACUCUUGCGCUGAUAUUUUUCUCCCACUGCACUCUUAACUUUGUUAAAACAAGCCCUUAUUUAUUUGGUGUAUUGAAUAUAUACAAGCUUAUAGAUCUUCAUAUGUUUGUUGGUGACACCUUUUGCUUUUGGGGCAUUGAUUGAUUCAAAUACAAUAUUGUUAUUUCAUGGAAUUCACUCACACGAGUUCCUAUUUAGUCAAAAAAGAAAAUGAUAUGUAUAUAAUUAAGUUACGACUUUUCUUGUUUAUUUGAGCAAGUACCAUAUGCUUUUGAGCAAUGCAUAAAUUUCAUGAAGUUUGUUUAUAUUGUCCUGCAGUAGUGGUAUUUUAGCACACUUUUGACCGUGUAAAAUACUGUGUCUUUAUCACCUCCAUCUAUGUUUGGAGGUCUUGAGCCUAUCCCCAACAGUAGUCUUCAUCUACGUAGGUCAGGAAGCCGAUCGGUUAUGUUUGAUAUCGGUAAGAAAAUAUUUGUCACACGUACCUUUUACUCUCUACACGGCACAU